AUGCUCUUCUUCAGCUUCUUCAAAACGCUCGUGAACCACGAAGUGACGGUGGAGCUCAAGAACGACAUCUCCAUCCGCGGCACCCUCAAGAGCGUGGAUCAGUACCUGAACAUCAAACUGGACGACAUCUCGGUGGUAGAUGAGUUGAAGUAUCCGCAUUUGAGCUCGGUCAAGAACGUCUUUAUCCGAGGCAGUGUGGUGCGAUAUGUGCACCUGCCCGCUGCGGCGGUAGAUACGCCGUUAUUGGAGGAUGCAACAAGACGAGAGGCUUCGCAAACGGCUGCCAAAGCGAAACAGGGCACGUGA